CAGGGCAAGGAAAUGUGAAAAAGAAACGGAAGCUCAAGAAACGGAUCCGCCUUCUCUCGCCUCCUCCUAAAUAGUGUUUCGAAGUUUCAUCUUCAGAAACUCAACAAAAACAAAAGAAACGCAGGUUUCGAAAAAAAUACGAUCGAUACUCUCACUACUUAUUUUUGGUUUGAGAUUAUGCCAUCAGAAUCUGAUAAGUGGGGAUGGAAGCACGUCAGUGUGUUUGGUGGAUUUGACAAGGGAAGUGGUACAAAAAGGUGGAAAUGCAACCACUGUAAUCUACGGUAUAAUGGAUCUUAUUCACGUGUUAGAGCACACCUUCUCGGGUUCACUGGUGUUGGGGUCAAAAGCUGCCCAGCAAUAGACCGGUCUUUGAGAGAGGCAUUUCAGAUAUUAGAGGAGGAGCGCCUUGCUCGGAAAAAGAAAAGGAAUUCUGGAAAUGGGAAGCCUGGGAAGCGCAUUCGUACUUCACGACCAAGUCUUACCUGUGUCACCAAAGAAGAUGUGGAUGACAUUUUAGCAAGAUUUUUCUAUGCUGAUGGAUUGAAUAUCAAAGUUGUCAACUCUCCUUACUUUCUUGAAAUGGCAAAAGCAAUUGCUGCUUUUGGCCCUGGAUAUGAACCCCCAACAAAAGAUGAACUGUCUGAUUCUUUUCUAAGUAAAGAGAAAGGAAGAAUUGAAAAAUCUGUUGGUCUAGUUAGGGAGUCCUGGCCUCACACAGGAUGCACGAUACUUUGUCUUGGCCACUUAGAUGGCUUGCAGGGCUGCUUCCGCAUUGAUGUAUUUGUCUCUAGCCCACGGGGGCUUAUAUUUUUGAAAGCAGUAGAUAUAGAUGUUAUUGAUGAGGGGGAUGAUGUGUUAUCUGGUGUCCUUAGUGAUGCAAUUGAAGAAGUUGGGCCUACAAAUGUGGUUCAGAUAAUUUCACAUCUAGGCUCACAGCUAGGCCAAGCCUGUUGUAAAUCUUCUGAAUCCCUUAUAUUGUCAAAGUUUCCUCACUUAUUCUGGUCUCCUUGCACAUCACAUUCUAUCUGCAUGCUAAUGGAAGAAAUAGCUGAAUUGGAGUGGAUUAAACCUGCUAUCUUGUGUGCUAAGGAAAUUGAGGAAUGCAUCAUGACAUUUCAGCGUUCUGCUCCAGGUAUUUUAAUUCAAAAAUUGAAAGGGAGCUCUGACUUAAUUUCUACUAAGUUUGCACCUUCCUAUGGCAUUAUCCAGAGAAUUUUUCAGCUAAAGGAAGAACUUCAACAGGUAGUUGUUGGUGAAGACUGGAAGCAAUGGAAGCUUUGUAUUCCAGAGGACAUUAUAGGUAUUGAGGUUGAAGCUGCCAUUACAGGGGAUGAUUUCUGGAGCAGGGCCCAUUUAUUCUUGCAGUUAUGUGAGCCUUUCCUGAGGUUCCUUGCUGUGCUUAAUAUUGAUCGAUCUGUAAUGGGUGAUGUUUAUGAUUGGCGAGUUCAGGCUCUUGAAGCCGUGAGAAGUAAAGGAAUUGAGGAAAGUGCAUUGAAUCAAUUGGAGGAGUUGAUAGAAAACAGAUGGGAUGUGUUCUUUUCUCCUCUUCAUGCUGCAGGUUAUAUACUUAAUCCUAAAUAUUUUGGGAAAGGUCAAACAAAGGAUAGAACUGUAAUGCGGGGUUGGAAAGCCACUCUAGAAAGACAUGAGGGUGACAGUGCAGUGAGACGGGUUCUUAGAGAGCAGUUUAGCUCUUACUGGAGACUGGAAGGAUCCUUAGGAGAGGAAGAUGCUGUGGAUUGUAGAGAUAAAAUGGACCCUGUUGCUUGGUGGGAGAACUUUGGUUUUGAAACACCCCACUUACAGACACUAGCCAUGAAAGUUCUGAGUCAGGUUUCAAGUGUUGGGACAUGUGAAGAGAUAUGGCAAGAUAAUGAUUUUCCAUGUCAAGAAACAGCCAACAGGUUGGGGGUGGAGAGAGUGGAAGAUCUUGUUUUUGUUAGAAACAACCUUAGACUUCAUAGACAAAGAAAUGGAAUUUCAAGCUCCCCAUCUGGUAAAAGAAACUUAAGCUCAAGCAGCCCAUCCAGAAUUAAGAUGCGGGAUAGCACUCUUCUUGAUCAAACAAAGGGCAUAUUUAGUAUUCAUGACACUUUGUGAUAGAUUAUGUGCUCUUUUGGUUUUCUGCUUAAUUGGAGCCUAGCUUAUUGAAGAUCUGAAAAGGUCAGUGGGAUAUCUUUUCCCUUGUCAUCAGCUAUAAACAAAAAAUACAGGUCAUUAACCUGAGAAUUAGUGGCUAAAAUACUAUACAUGUUCUCAUUACUAGAAAAUUAUUAAUACAAAAUGUGAUUAAUUUGAGAAAUGCAUGAUCAGUUUGUACUCUUUUUGGAGUAAUAUGUAA